AUGUUGUCACGAGGAUUAACUCCUGUCCGAAAUAUAUGUCUCUCCGUAAAACACCUUGGCCUUAAUGAGUUUUUUGAUGAUCCCAAAAAUUGGGGUGAAGUCAAUGUCAAGGCUGGUAGACCCUGGCGUCUUGAUGAACUGCGUCGUAAAAGUUCUGCCGAUCUCCACAGUCUAUGGUAUAUUCUUCUUAAAGAACGUAACAUGCUAAUGACUAUGGAGGAAGAACAUUGGCGUCUACUUGAAAGAAUGCCUAAUCCCGAACGAUUCGAAAAGGUUGAAGAAAGCAUGGAAAACAUUUUGAAGGUGAUUGAAGAAAGGGAUAAAGCUAUCAGUGAGGUGGAGCAAGGAGAGUGGGUUGGUCCUAAAGAAGUUGAUGGAGUUGAUAAAUUGGGUCGUCCUUGUAAACGACUUACAGAAGAACAUCUUGAACCACAAGAGCCUAAAGAUACGGAAGAAGAUAUGUGGUCAGCAUGGACGCUUUAUUACCUGCGAGCUGAACGCGAGAAGAAAAUCCGUGAACGUCGUGAGAGGGAUCGGUUAGGGAGAUUCGAAAAAGAGCUGAAGAGACGGAAAAGAAUUUUAAAGAUAUCUGACGAAGACUCUUUUGAACGACCUGUAGCAACAGCUUCCGUGACCGCAGAAAAGAAUGGCUAG